AAAGAGUGCGGUGAAAGAGAGUCGACGUCGCGGUGGGUUCCCCGCGAGAGGCCGCCGUGAGGAAGGGAGCGAAACCAGACGCGAUAAGUGCGCCCGAGACUCUCCGAGCUAAUCAGUGAAACGUCAAAACGCGACCGUCUUUCGCCGCGACUACGUGCACUCCGUUUCGGGACGAGGAUGUCUAAAAAAGAGGAGCUCCAUUACCUGACGGGUUUCGGCAGCGAGUUCGCAUCCGAGGACCCGAGGUGUCCUGGAUCGCUCCCAGAAGGACAGAAUAACCCGCAAGUGUGUCCUUACGGUCUGUACGCGGAGCAGCUGUCCGGGACUGCCUUCACGGCUCCCAGGGAGACCAACAAGAGAAGUUGGCUGUACCGUAUCAGGCCGUCGGUGCAGCACGCGCCAUUCACCAAGUACAACGGGAGCAAGAACCUCAACUCCGACUGGAACUCCAAUCACCCGAACCCUAACCAGCUCCGAUGGAAGCCCUUCAGCAUUCCAGAGCUAGGGAAGGCGUCCGUCGACUUUGUUGACGGUAUUAACACUGUGUGUGGGGCAGGUGACGCCAGGACCCGCCAUGGGGUCGCCAUUCACGUGUACUGCUGUAACAUCUCCAUGAAAGACAAGGCAUUGUACAACUCAGAUGGGGACUUCCUAAUAGUCCCGCAGCAGGGCAGCCUGAACGUCGUCACCGAGUUCGGCAGGAUGCACGUGAACCCGAACGAGAUCUGCGUCAUUCAGCAAGGAAUGCGUUUCCAAGUGUACGUAUCCGGUCCCAGCCGCGGCUACAUCCUCGAGGUGUUCGACAACCACUUCGUGCUGCCAAACCUUGGUCCCAUCGGUGCCAACGGACUGGCAAACCCCCGCGACUUUAAGACUCCUACGGCUUGGUAUGAGGACCGCGACGUGAACGGCUUCGUAGUCAUCAGCAAGUACCAAGGGUGCCUCUUCCAGGCUUCUCAGAACCACUCGCCCUUCGACGUGGUCGCGUGGCACGGAAACUACGUUCCUUACAAGUACGACCUGGCCAAGUUCAACACCAUCAACACAGUCUCCUACGAUCACUGCGACCCGUCCAUCUUCACAGUGCUGACUUGCCCUUCGACCAAGCCGGGCACGGCCAUCGCCGACUUCGUCAUCUUCCCGCCGCGCUGGUCGGUGGCCGAGAACACCUUCAGGCCGCCCUACUAUCACCGGAACUGUAUGAGCGAGUUCAUGGGUCUCAUCACGGGCAAGUAUGAAGCCAAGGAGACGGGCUUUCAGUGCGGUGGCGCCAGCCUGCACAGCAUGAUGACACCUCACGGCCCAGACGUUGACUGUUUCGAGCAGGCCUCCAAGGCCAAGCUGGCGCCGCAGCGCAUCGGAGACGAGUGCAUGGCCUUCAUGUUCGAGAGUUCUCUGAGCAUGGCGGUGACGCCGUGGGCUGAGCACGAGUCGCAGGCGCUCGACAAGGAGUACUACACCUGCUGGCAGGGACUCCGCAAGAACUUCGACCCCAGCUGGAAGCCGUAGGGACGAGUGUGGAAGCCUCGCGCUCACCGCGGAGCGCCAACUUGCAGUCAGCGUAUGCUCUACAAUAAAAAUUUGACGCUUA